AUGCGAGAAAGCAGGAGGAGAAGAAACGAACAUCAAAGGGACAGCAGCACCAGCAGCAGACAGCAGCAGCAGCAGAACAGCGGCAGCAAGAAAAGGAAACAGCGGCAGCAGGAAAACAGCAGCAGCAGCAGCACGAGAACAGCAGCAGCAGCACGAGGACAGCAGCAGCGUGAGAAGGAGACAGCAGCAGGAGACAGCAGCAGAAGAAGGAGUCAGCAGCAGGAGGUGACAGCAGCAGCAGCAGGGCACCAGCAGGAGACAGCAGCAGCAGCAAACCUUUCUCUGAUCUUGAAAUUGACACUUAGCCGCAGCACUUUUUCCUGCUGCAGCCAGGAGGAGACAUUGCUGCUGAGGGACACUAAAAUGCUGUUCUGCCUGCAGCAGCAGCAGCAGAUAGCAGCAGCAGCAGCAGACAGGAGCAGCAGCAGCAGACAGGAGCAGCAGCAGCAGACAGGAGCAGCAGCAGCAGACAGGAGCAGCAGCAGCAGACAGGAGCAGCAGCAGCAACAGCAGAGAAAGAAUCUGUUUAGAGUUUCCUUUCGCUGCAGUGACUCUUUUUGCUUCUGCACUUUUCUGGGCUGCUGCUAUAAUGCUUUUAAUUUAAUUUAA